AUGACCCCCACGGCUGAACUUGUGGUGCCGACCCAUACCUCGACGGGUUCUUCGGCUAUCAACCAAAUUUUACGUUCGGGUGACACAAAUCUGCUCUUGAAAUUGCUAUCUGACGGAGAAGUCGGCGAAAUCAACGUCAACGUAUUUGAUCGCGAAGGAAUGACUCCUCUGCACAAAUCCGUGAUGGAUGGCAAUUUCGAAUUGGUUAAACUACUAGUGAAAGUGGGGGCCGAUGUCCGGUUGGCUUCACGCGACGGUUGGAAUGCUCUGCACAUCGCCUCUUUCGGCGGCCAUGUAAAUAUCGUCGACUACCUGAUAAACUGCUCGGUACACCCUUGA